UUCUCUUCACACACAUCUCCAAAAUCCCUAGAAAAAAACCCUCUCUCUCUCUCUCUACCUUUGUCUCAGAUCUCUCUCUUCCUCUCUAAACUCUAAACUGCAUUUCCUCUAAAGCUACAUUUACAAAUUCUCGGUGCAUCAAAUCAUACAGAGAGAUAGAGAUAGCAAAGAGCCAAGAUACAAACACAAACAAGAACAAGAGGGAAGAGAAAAAUAAAUAAAACUUGGCAUUUGGGUAUAUCAGAUGUCUCAUGUGAGAUGAAGAAGGCCACCACUACCAGUACCCAUUUGUCUCUUCUUCUUCUCAUUGCCAUCUUCCUCUGCAUUUCCUUUUCUUCUUCUUCUGCUCAAAACAUCCCCACCCGCAGCCAUGGUCGCUUAACCGACGCCGAAGCUUUAUACAUCAGGAAGCGCCAGCUUCUUUAUUACAAAGAUGAGUUCGGAGACAGAGGAGAGAGGGUCACUGUCGACCCAUCUCUUGUUUUCGAGAACCCAAGACUCAGAAAUGCUUAUAUCGCAUUACAAGCUUGGAAACAGGCUAUUGUAUCUGAUCCAAAUAAUAUCACUGUCAAUUGGGUUGGAUCUAAUGUUUGUGGCUACGAAGGUGUUUACUGUGCUCCAGCUCUCGAUAACAUGACUGAAAGGACAGUUGCCGGCAUUGACCUCAACCACGGUGAUAUUGCUGGUUACUUACCGGAGGAACUUGGGUUGUUGGUGGAUCUUGCAUUGUUUCACAUCAAUACCAACAGGUUUUGCGGUACUGUACCACGUAAGUUGGAAAACUGGAAGCUGCUGUUUGAGUUGGAUCUUAGCAACAAUCGUUUCGCUGGAAAAUUCCCACUAGUGGUCCUGAAGCUUCCUGUGCUCAAAUUCUUGGAUCUCAGAUUCAAUGAAUUUGAGGGUACAGUGCCAAAAGAGCUGUUCGAUAAAGAUUUGGAUGCAAUCUUCAUCAACCAUAACAGGUUCGUGUUCGAUAUCCCUGACAAUUUUGGUAAUUCUCCGGUUUCGGUCAUUGUUUUGGCCAACAACAGGUUCCAUGGUUGUGUGCCUUCAAGUUUGGGUAACAUGUCUAAUCUUAACGAAAUUAUUCUGAUGAAUAAUAACCUCAAGUCGUGCUUGCCACCGGAGAUUGGUAUGCUCAAGAACUUGACGGUUUUUGAUGUGAGCUUUAAUCAGUUAAUGGGUCCACUGCCAGAAACAAUUGGAGGAAUGUUUAGCCUUGAACAGCUCAAUGUGGCUCAUAAUAUGCUGUCUGGAAGUAUUCCGGCGAGUAUUUGUCAGCUACCAAAUUUGGAAAACUUUACCUAUUCUUAUAACUUCUUCACUGGAGAGCCGCCUGUGUGCUUGAGCCUCGGGGACUUUGAUGAUUCGAAGAAUUGCUUGGCAGGUAGGCCGUCACAGAGAUCUGCAGCCCAAUGCAGGGCGUUUAAGCCUGUUGAUUGUAGCUCUUUUAGAUGUAAGCCUUUUGUUCCUACUUUGCCUGCUCCUCCUCCACCUUCACCACCAAUGCCAGUGCCUUCUCCUCCUGUUUACUUGCCUCCACCUGUUUACUCUCCACCUCCCCCACCCCCUGUGUACUCGCCGCCUCCACCUCCACCUUCACCUCCGCCACCAGUAUAUUCACCUCCUCCACCACCACCGCCAGUAUAUUCACCUCCUCCACCACCGCCGGUAUAUUCACCUCCUCCGCCUCCACCUUCCCCCCCACCGCCACCCCCACCAGUAUACUCACCUCCUCCACCACCUUCUCCACCACCGCCUUCUCCUCCACCACCAGUAUAUUCACCUCCGCCUCCUCCUCCAUCUCCUCCACCACCAUCUCCACCACCGCCCUCACCCUUGCCACCCUGUGUACGUCCCCCACCACCGCCACCACCAAACUCCCCACCACCUCCACCGCCAUUAUUCUCUCCACCACCACCAACUCCUUACUAUUACAGCUCACCACCACCACCUUCACCACCACACUCACCACCUCCACCCCCACAUUCCCCUCCACCACCUAUCUAUCCCUACUUAUCACCACCCCCGCCGCCACAUCCUGUCUAUUCUCCCCCCCCUCCACCAGUUUAUUCACCACCACCUCCUCCCUCUCCGCCUCCUUGUAUAGAACCACCUCCACCGCCACCAUGUGCAGAAUAUUCUCCACCUCCACCAUCCCCAUCACCACCCCCACCAACACAGUACAAGCCACCACCAUCCCCAUCACCACCACCACCACCAGUUCACUACUACUCGCCACCGCCGCCAUCUCAAUCACCGCCACCUCCAGCACCAGUGUACGAGGGGCCAUUGCCACCAAUAACAGGAGUCUCAUAUGCUUCACCGCCACCACCUCCCUACUACUAUUGAUUCUUUUUGAGAAAUUUUCCUCUAACCUUUCCAUCAAAUUCUAUCCAAAGAAACCAAAACAAAUUUAUGAUCUCUUUAUCUGUGAGCAAUUCUCAUCGCUCAUAGAGAAAGGAAAUAACAGUUCUCUCCAAGCAAAAACAAAUGAUAUGGGCAUUAUCAAGCAGAGAUCAUGAUGAUGAUGAGGAUGAUAGAGAGGUAAGAGGAGAAUGUUUCUCUCCAUAUUUAUUCGAUUGUUAUGGAAUAUUUGAGUCUCAGAAAACAAAAAUAAAAUAAAAAAAUGGGCAGAAAGAGUUUAGGUUUGCAGAGAAAAAAAAAAAGAAGCUGUAAUGUAUAGUGAUGGGAUCGGAGACCAUAAUCAGAGCUUACUACUACUGAGUACUGGCUGCUGGUUUCGGGCUUUUUUUUUUUUUUAUUUUUUUCCUUUUUUAAUUGUCAUUAUCUCUUCUUUCUUCUUCUUCUUCUUCUUCUUCCUUUUGAUAUCAUACUUUUGUUUCUUUAUUUUUAUAGUAUCAUCAUCAACAUUUUAUUCACUUGUAUUGAUUUCCAGAAUUCUUCUUA